AUGAGGUUUUGUGUUGCAAUUGAUGCCGUCAUUCUUCUCCUCGCCCGCGAGGGCAGCACCACCGGUUCUAGUCGACUUCGGAAAACUACAAACACCAUCACCAGUGCUCGUGCCAGUACUAAUGAUGGGCUCGCCACUACCCCCGCAACACCGACAGCAGCAGCUCCAGCAAUGCAGAAGCAUCGGUCUAUCUUGAAGAAGUCCAAAACAGUGGCUGCAGCAGAAGGAUCGUCACAGCCGGCAGAACCCCGGAGGAGUUUCGUCUCUUUUACUAGGUCCUCAAGAGCCUCAACCAUCAGUGUAGCUAGUACAGCUACCAUCACUGCUAAAGAUAAGAAUAAGAAUAGUGCAGACUCAAACACGAAACUCCAGCGAUCAGAGUCAUGGAAGCGCCGCUUCGGGCUCAACAACAUCCUGACGCGCGGGGGUUCAUCGACUGGCGGUGGAAAAAAUAGAACUAGCACAACCACCAGCACCACGGCCACCACCACAGGCACCACUUUGUCCUCCGCCUCCGGUAGCACUACUGGAACAACUUCCACUACUACCACGCAGGGGAACGUUUCGAUUGGCGAUGAGAGCCGGCACCAAUCGGCUGGGGUUGGCGGGUCUGUUGGCGUUCCAGUGGCCCAGGGACAGAUCCACCACCUGCACCCCUCGAGUAAUCGCUCGUCUUCUUCUUCAGCCCGCGCUGCCGUCACACAAACCUCUUCUUCUUUAUCUGUUGUGGAGAGAUUGUCGAAACCACGUCAGAGUCAGACGACUACUAGUAUAUUGAAGAGGACCCCUUCCCCUUCUUCUCUUGCUGUUGCCUCUCCUACUGCCUCCUCCCGUACUACCGCCGCUUCUUCAUCCUCGUCGAGACUGCCGUUCGGAAGUGCAAGAAGGUCCACCACGACUGCGACAAAUAAUAAUAAUAGUAAUAAAAAAAGCCCGUCAAGACUUGUCGUGCACGGUAAAGGCGCACUACUACCGCCUGUUGUUGCUGCACCGCCAUUGGAAUUCUCGUUGCCUUUGUUGGAUACGGGGGUUAUAGAUCUUGCUCCUACUCCGACUACCACAGUUCAGGAUAUCACAGUUCAGGAUAAUCUAAUUCGUCGGGAUACUGCAAUUCGUCGGGAUACUGCAAUUCGUCGGGAUACUGCAAUUCGUCGUGAUACUACCACCGUUCAAGAUACUACACUUCAAGAUACUCUAACUCGUCGGGAUACUGCAAUUCGUCGGGAUACCACAGUUCUGAAUACUGCUCAGAAAGAAAUAGUUCAGAACACAACGGUCCAGAAUCCUACAGUCCAGACGCAGCAGAAAGUAGAAGAAGAAGAAGAGGAGAAAAAGAAGAAAAAUAGCACGUCAUCGGAACCACUGCCCGCUGCAACAUAUCCAAGUGAAGAAGAAGAAAUGCCAACAGCCACCACUACUGUUACCCGCCACCACGACCAUGAUGACAAGAACAAUGCCGCCCAUUAUCCCCGACACGCUCACCGUUGA